GAGACCUUGGUCACUCACCACUCCACCUUUUGAACAAUCCCGCCCUUGCUCAUCCAUCGCCUCUCGCCCCCGACCUGACCUCUGUUAUCGACGCUUCUAUAGAUCCCUCGAGCAUCAAAUCCCCCUCCCUACCUUCAAGAUGUCGCAGCACGCAUUGUCCGACCAGCAGGUCGACAAUGAGUUGCGCAAGAUGACUGCGUUCAUUAAGCAAGAGGCCAUGGAGAAGGCCCGUGAGAUCGAAAUUAAGGCCAACGAGGAGUUUGAGAUUGAAAAGUCCAAGCUUGUCCGUCAAGAAACAGACGCCAUCGACGCCCAGUACGAAAAGAAGUUUAAGCAAGCAACCAUGUCUCAGCAGAUUGCCCGAUCGACCGUCGCCAACAAGACGAGACUCAAGGUCCUCGGUGCCAGACAAGAGCUUCUCGACAACAUCUUUGAGGAUGCCCGCAAGCAGCUCGCCGAAGGUGUCAAGGACAAGGCCAAAUACCAGAAAGUCCUGACGGGCUUGAUCCUCGAGGGCGCCUAUGCCUUGAGCGAGAGCGAUAUCUCGAUUCGCUCACGAAAAAAGGAUGCCGAUGCUGUUAAGAAGGCCAUCGACGAGGCUGCCAAGACAUACAAGAAGGAGACUUCCUCGGAGAUUAACAUCACGGCAGAUGCCGACAACGCCCUGCCGGACGGAAUUGCUGGUGGUGUCGUCAUUGUUGGCGGUGCUGGCAAGAUCGAGAUUGAUAACACCUUUGAAGCCCGCCUUACCUUGCUUGAGUACUCUGCCGCACCGGCCGUGCGUGAGGAGCUCUUUGGCAAGAACGCCAACCGCAAGUUUACCGAUUAGAUUACGCAGAGAGGUUGUGUCUGUAGAUGGCUCGGAAAAAGACCUGCAGCAUCCCAGGGCUGGAGCGUGUGUUUCUCCUUUGUUGCAAUGAUUAUAAAGCGCUCAUGGCUAUCUUGUGAUGCUCGAGUACACUGGUUUUAGAGAGAAGAAGUCUGUAUCAUAAAUUAUAACUUAUAGUCGAUUUU